AUGAUGGAGUCUGAUAAGAACGGUGCCACAUCCUCUCCGUCCACGUCGAGAUCCGACAUCAGCCGUGAUGAGCUGAAUGGGAAACUGUCAAAGUGUCCCAAUGAUGAUCCCGAAGCACUGACACACACUGAGACUACUCUGUCCGCCGUGGUACCGCCAAAGGAGCCAUGGCGGGAGAUGCUCUUCGUAGUGGUGGUCUGCAUGGCUCAAUUCAUGACGCAAGCGGGUCUGUGCAUCUCGAUUGCCCCGGUGUAUAUUAUUGGCAAGAGCUUCCAGACAUCCAUGCCGGGCGAAUUGAGCUGGUUUGCGGCGGCCUACAGUCUGACGGUCGGCACUUUUAUCUUAGUCUGCGGUCGGCUCGGCGACGUCUUCGGUCAUCGGUUGAUGUUCAUUAUCGGUUUCGCUUGGUUCGGUCUGUGGUCUUUGCUGGCGGGCUUCAGUGUCUGGUCGAAUCAAAUCUUCUUUGACUGCUGUCGCGCAUUUCAAGGAAUGGGGCCCGCCAUGUUACUCCCGAAUGCGAUCGCCAUCCUCGGGCGCGCAUACCCACCGGGUUUGCGCAAAGAGAUGAUCUUUAGCUUCUUUGGGGCCACCGCGCCGAGCGGGUUUAUCGUCGGGGGCGUGUUCUCCUCGAUCUUGGCACAAAUGGUGUGGUGGCCGUGGGCAUACUGGGUCCAGGGCAUGGUGUGCCUGGCCUUUGCUGUGCUGGGUGUUUUGGUCAUUCCGCACACGCCGCGACCUCAUUUCCAGAAGGACCUUCCGCUUUGGGCGCGACUAGAUCUGCUAGGAGCAGCGGCCGGUAUCAUCGCCCUCAUACUGAUCAAUUUUGCAUGGAACCAGGCAGCGUUGGUCGGAUGGACCACACCGUACACCUACGUGCUGCUCAUCGUUGGCGUUAUCAUCUUUGGCGGCUUUCUGUGGAUCGAACGCAUUGCCAGAUGCCCACUGCUGCCAAGCUCAGUCUUAACCGGUGACCUGGCAUGGGUGCUGGGAUGUAUCGCUGCCGGGUGGUCCAGCUUUGGCAUCAUUAUCUACUACUUUUACCAGUUUAUGGAGGAGAUUAAGGGUGACACUCCGUUGUUAGCCACAGCCAAAUGGGUCGCUGCGGCUCCAUCUGGUGCCAUAGCGGCUCUGCUGACAGGAUUCCUGCUCGGCCGACUGCCCCCCAGUGUCAUUAUGUUUUGCGCGAUGGUCUUCUUUACGGCCGGUCUGUCAGUCUUUGCAACGGUUCCCCUGGAUCAGACCUACUGGGCUCAGGCGUUCGUAGCCAGUCUUAUCACGUCAUGGGGCAUGGAUAUGUCCUUCCCAUCCGGCACGCUCAUCCUCAGCAAUUCCAUGCCCCACCACCAUCAAGGCCUCGCUGCAUCACUCGUCACUACCACAGUAAACUACUCCAUCUCUCUGGGACUGGGAUUUGCCGGGACUGUGGAGUCGAAUGUGAACAAUGGUGGACGCAAUGUCCUCCGGGGCUACCGAGGAGCUCUCUACCUGGGUAUUGGCUUUGCGGGGUUGGGUUUAGUGGUGUCGAUCCUGUUUAUGCACCCGCAUUCCAAAGAUCGCACCAUGGAAGCUCACAAUAUAGCUGUCGCCACCAUCGCGGCCCAAGCCCACCAAUUCCAUAAACACCAACAACCCUUCCGCAUUUACCAUGGCUCCACGAACAGCACGCGACAAUCGCAACACAGCGCAGCCAACACCAUCAACACCGCGCAUUUGAACCAUGUCCUGGCCGUGGACACAGACCGCAAGACUAUCCUAGUUGAGCCUAACGUCCCCAUGGACGAACUCGUUAAGGCCACCCUACCUCAUGGGCUCAUCCCUCUGGUCGUCAUGGAAUUCCCUGGCAUCACCGCAGGCGGCGGCUUCUCCGGAACGUCCGGCGAGAGCAGCUCCUUUCGACACGGAUUCUUUGAUGCGACCGUGAACCGGAUCGAGGUCGUCCUAGCCAACGGCGACAUCCGCACAGCGUCGCAAAAUGUACCCGACGAGCAAGAACUCUUCUGGGCGGCGGCCUCGUCCUUCGGAACCCUCGGCGUCGUAACCAUGCUCGAGAUCCAAUGUCGCGAAGCAAAACCCUACGUCGAACUAACCUACCACUCUACCUCAAGCAUGUCCCAAGCGAUGACAGUCUUCCGCGAGACCACCGCACACCCCGAAACCGACUACCUGGAUGGCAUCAUCUAUGCCCCGGACCACAUCGUCGUCUGCGCCGGUCGCCUGGUCGACUUGCCCUCAAACCAAACCCCCAUCCAACGCUUCAUACGCGCCCAAGACCCCUGGUUCUACAUCCACGCGCAGCGCCAAACCCGAAAAAUCCACCGUCCGAAUGCCGAACCCCCCGCCUCGAUCACCCACUACGUCCCCAUCCAAGAUUACCUCUUCCGGUACGAUCGCGGCGCAUUCUGGACGGGUCGCUACGCCUUCAGCUACUUCAUCACACCGUUCAAUCGCAUCACCCGGUAUAUCCUGGAUACCUUUAUGCACACCCGAGUCAUGUAUCACGCCUUACACGAGAGCGGGCUUUCAAAACAACACAUCAUCCAAGAUGUGGCGGUGCCGUACAAAGCUACGGGGGAGUUUCUCACUUGGCUCGAUGACAAGGAAACCUUCGGCGCGUAUCCGAUCUGGUUGUGUCCCCUGCAUCAUUCGCAGGGAAUUAUGGCUCGCGGCGGCGAGGCAGGCCCGCAUCAAUCUCAGAAGGAAGAGGACCCCGAUGAUGACGGUGACUGUCUGAUGAACUUUGGAUUGUGGGCGCCGUCGCCCCACGCGUCGGAUACCGGGGCGUUCAUUGCGCAGAAUCGGCGCCUGGAGAACAAGGUCAGGGAGUUGGGCGGGAAGAAGUGGCUGUACGCCCAUGCCUACUAUACAGAGGAGGAGUUUUGGUCGAUCUAUGAUCGUAAACGCUAUGAUGCGUUGCGGGAGAAAUAUCAUGCCACGCAUUUGCCAGAUUUAUAUCAGAAGGUGCGCGUUAAUUUAAGUCCCAUGGGGCAUGGGGCCCCCGAGGGAUGGGUCGGUUGGGCGAAGAGGAUGGUGUGGGAGACGUGGCCGGUAUGCGGGUUAUACGGUGUAUAUAAGGCUUGGAGAGGAGGUGACUACUAUCUGAUCAAGAGCAAGAAAGACUGA